AUGAAGUUCCAACUCUUCGUUACUCUGCUUCCUGCAGUGUUACCCUUGGUGCAUGGGAUCCCUGCUCGCAGGGAUACCCCCAACCCGGGUUUGCGAGGAAGCGAUUCGCUGGUUGGACAUUCGUCAUCGAAUAAGGGUGGCAGCGACUCGCCACCUGACAUCAAGUAUACUCUUGUUCCUGGACAGACGGAAGAUCCCAAUAUUGGGCCGUACCUCGAUUUCGAGAAAGCCGAUAAUCCACAGCCGAUCCGUGGUUCCGCGGGGGCUGAUGAUCCCGGUCCGAGGAACUAUUACUAUGACAGAAUCAAUAGUGAUAAGCUUGCACCGCCCGGAACUGACCAUGGACAGACGAUUAAUGCGCAGUGGCCAAUGGGAUUGAGCCACAACAGGCUUGGAUCAGAUGGAGCUGGUUGGGCUCGCCAAGAGAACAUAAAUGUGAUGCCGGAUGCGACGCUCAUGGCCGGUGUCGAUAUGCGCUUGGCGCCUGCCGGUUACCGUGAACUUCACUGGCAUGUGGCCGCUGAAUGGUCGUUGGUGUUGAAUGGAUCGUGUCGAAUCCAGGCUGUGAACGAGAAUGGGGAGACAUUUAUCGACGACCUUACUGCUGGCGAUGUGUGGUUCUUCCCACCUGGUGUUCCUCAUUCUAUUCAAGCCCUAGACGAUGGAGUCGAGUUCCUUCUGGUAUUCGACGACGGUGGCUUCAACGAGGAUAAUACAUUCCUCGCAACAGAAGUCUUCCUCCACACCCCGAGAGAGGUCCUCUCAAAGAACUUCGGAGUUGACGUAUCAGCCUUUGACAAGCUCCCCGCCGACGAAUUAUACAUAUUCAAAGGCACGCCCGCCCCAGCAGACAUCGAGAAACAGAACGUGACAACAACAGCUGGCAUCAUACCUCGCGCCCAGAGCUACUCAUACCAUUUCUCCGAGCAGCCCGCUCACGAAGUUGCCGGGGGCUCAGUGAAGAUCGUCGACCCGCUCACCUUCCCAAUCGCCAGUAACUUCUCCGCCGCCGUUGUCACCGUCCAUCCAGGCGGCAUGCGCGAAAUCCACUGGCAUCCGACUAGCGACGAAUGGACGUUUUUCAUUUCGGGCCAGGGCCGCGCAACGCUUUUCACGGCCCCGAAUGCUGCGACUACAUUCGAUUAUGCCGGUGGUGAUGUUGGGUACUUCCCGAAGUCUAAUAGUCAUUAUAUUGAGAAUACUGGUGACGAAGACUUGGUUUUUGUGGAGGUGCUCCAGGCGCCUCAGUUUACAGAUAUGGCUCUUGGUCAGUGGAUCGCGUCUACGCCGAAACAAAUCGUUGCGGAUACGCUCAACCUCAGUGAGGAUGUACUUAGCAGCAUUAAGACUGAGAAGCAAUAUGUUGUCGCUGGUCCUAGCAGUUAG